AUGAUCCACAGGCAGGCAUUAAGAAAAGAAGUCUCAAAGCCUCUGUACCACAGGCUUGCAGAUGAGGCGCUGUCAAACCUGUCUGAGCAUUUGGAAGACAACCUGUGCGAUGGAUAUGCGGACUAUAAAGACGGAAAUCUUCAAAUCAAGGUUGGGAAUGUUGGGGAAUACAUGUUCAACAAGCAGCCGGCGUCAAUGCAGAUAUGGGCCUCGUCUCCGAUAACAGGGCCCAGGAGGUUUGACAUAUACAGAAGCUACGAAUGGAUAGACACCAAGAACAAUGUCACACUUAGCAAAUAUAUCGAGGAGGAACUAAAAAAGAUACAUAGCAAACUAAAUAGCGCAUGA